AUAGCAUGGCCAACGCUAAUCCGAGGUCCGUCGAUCCGUUGGUGGUCGGAAAAGUGAUCGGCGACGUGCUCGACAUGUUCGUUCCCGUCGUAGAGUUCACCGUCGAUUAUGGUUCCAAAAAGAUUGCCAAUGGCGUUGAGAUCACUCCUUCCUUAGCUGCCCAGAAGCCUUCAGUUCACAUCAAUGGUUCCCCUGCUUCUCCCAAUCUUUAUACUCUCAUUAUGGUGGAUCCUGAUGCUCCUAGUCCCAGUGAACCAACUUUCAGAGAGUGGCUUCAUUGGAUCGUUACGGAUAUUCCAGAGGGAUCAGAAGCCUCUAAAGGGAGAGAGGUGGUGGAAUACAUAGGGCCGUCGCCGCCGACCGGAAUACAUCGGUACGUAUUGGCGCUAUUCCGGCAGAGGGAGGCCAUGCAGGUGCCGCAGAAGCCGCCGGAGGGUCGAGGAAACUUCAGGACUCGCCAGUUCGCCGCCGACAACGGGCUCGGCCUUCCGGUGGUCGCACUCUACUUCAACUCCCAGAAACAAUCGGCUACCAACAAGAAGCGCUAGAUGAUCAUCCUCUCACUUUAUAUAUAUGUAUCGUGUAUGUAAAUGUAGUGUAUUUAAAUCCAAUUAAUCUUCAAUUCAGUCAUGACUAUCAUUCAUUCUUGUCUUGUUAUGUUUCCUAUUUAUUUGGCCAAACAUAUCUUAGUUGUGAUACGGUGUGCCAAUCUGAUCCAAAUAAUGGUAUAUUUGGAGAUGGCUUUGGUCUGAUGGGAAUGGUACUUCUUCAACUACUAAUAUUGUAAAAGAAAUUUUUAAUAAUUUGUAAUUUCAUUUACUUUGUAUCA